GUGCGGAUGCGUUAAAACUUGGAACUAAAAUGCAAAACAAAUUUCACGUGUGCUGAACUGUGCUGAACCUGCUGAACUUGCCGCGAGCAUAUUUAUUUUGACGUUUUGAUUUCGCACUUUUUAUAUUUUUACCCUCACCCCUCGCCCUCACGGAAACCCAUCCAGCCCAGCGGCCAGCCCAGACUGAAGACUAAAACAAGAUUGUCGAUAGUGAAAUCUGAUUGAAAUCCGGCCUUGAGACGAUGGAAUUUGCUCAAGAACUACUUCCUAUUGAAGGAAAGAAGCAGCUGGCAAAUUUGUUGGAGAAUACUAUCGCAUCGCAGUUGCCACUCUCAUUCAACGAAAAUGACCAGCAAGUCAUUCAUAUUCAUCGCCUAAUUUCCGCAAGACUUGCCUGCGAAAUCGAGUGUACCGAUGUGGAGAUAGCUCGACAACUUGAGACUCUCAUUUCUCACACUUUUACCCAUCUUCUUGAUUUUUCCAACAGAAAAUGUGAUGUCAGCUUGCCAAUUUUGAAAGACAGCCUGUCACUCAUCCCGAAAGAAAACUCUAGCAGACUGUCGCAAAUAUUUUUGAACCAGGUUGUAAAAUACGUCAACGGAAUUUUGGAGGGUGGAUGCCUUUUGCAAGAAGAGUCUUCCUCUCUAAUGAUGCCGCUGAACUUGCUUGACUGUCUCCUGAAUUUUUGCCCUGAAGAAAAUCUGUCCACGAAAAUCUCAACUUUGGCCUUGGCGUUAAUUUUCAGUGGCUGUGACAGACUCAGUUCGUUUGCCAUUUCAAAUUUGUUGCCCAGAGUUUUAAACUCAAAUCCUCAAGAUGUUUCAGAAAUCUGGAGUACAAUUUUAACUGAAGAAAACCCAAAAAAUAUGAAACUCACUCCAUUGUGCCUUUUGAUGGAAAUUUUUUUAUCCUCCACAAAAUUAGAACCGAGAUUUCUCCACGAUGACUGCUUUUGGCUGGUGGUUCAAAAGGGACUUGUCAGCAGGGACCAAAUGACGAGAAAACAGGCACGAUAUAUGCUGAAGAGGGCUCUGCACUUUUUCACUAUUAGAAAAAUUUCUGCGCCCUGCAACAGAUUCGAAUGGGAUUCCUCAAACCAAGAAAUUUGGACGGACUUCUUUUUGAUCCUUGAGAGUUUGGAGGAGAAGCAGGUGCACAUAAUCAAGCCGGUGCUUCCUUUGUUGGAAAAAGUUUUUGCUGAAAUGUGUUUAGAAUGGGCCUUUGUGGCCCUGCAGCAAGUAAUCAACCACGACAACAACCACAUCAUUAAAUGGGGCCUGGAAUUUUUCUUUAACCACCCAUGGACGUCAGGUUCUGCAGAAUUUUUCAUCGAGAUAGUGAUCCCUGCCCUAGACAACACGCCUCUCUUUCAUGAUUCUGAUUUAUCAGACAGAUUGGAAGAUUUUGUCAAAAAGUGCGCCUCGGAAGGAGAGAGGGUGAUGUUCAAAAGCCUCCUACUUGCGGUCAGGGCCAUCUCGUGGGGGCCGGUGCCUCUUUUCCUAAUUUGCAAAUCGCUCGGAAAUUUGCCGAAACUGGACGCCUGGGAUUCAGAAGACUUGAAGCUGCUGAAGUCUUUCCUCGUGGACGCCAUGUCGACGCAGAAUGUCUUCCUCAGGGCUGCAGCCCAAUCUGUGCUUCUCAGAGCCGCCUUCAGUUUGGUGGACGCUUCGAAGGUCAAUCAAGAGUCUUGGCUGGAUUUAUUGGCUUCAUUCAACAGAAAAGAGUCGAUGGCUCGGGGCCUCAAUGACUGGCAGCUGACAAUUGAAUUUGUGCAAAAAACUGCAGAAGUCCAGUUCAAAUCUAGAGAGUUCAUUUUCAAAUCUUCCGCCAAAGCUGCUGCUCGGUACUUGGUGAUUUUGAGUGAUGCUGGACUUUUGAGACAAGAGGAAAUUGACCAGUUGGCGUUGGAAUUCAAGUGGCGUCUGACCGAACUGGAAACUAGGGCUUACUAUGUUUCAAGUGGAGGCCCAAACGCAGUUGAUGCCCUUUUGGAACUUUUGGUGCACAUUCUUGAUGAGAGUGGCAGGCAAGAAAAAUGGGAAGAAACGAUUUUGUCAAAGCUUGUAGGACCAAAAUCUCUAGAGGGAUUGUUCGGCUAUUUGCACCGGAAGCUGAAGGGAGCGGACGUUGAGGACUUGAGCCUAAUUAAAAUUUACAUCAAUAGCCUCAAGAUAUUUGAAAAGCCAGAAGUUGCUCGGCUUGUUGACUUCAAGGAACUGAUAAUUACAGCGAAUCAAAUUUUUGAAACUGGUGAAAAGUCAUUGGAGGCUAAAUACUUUGCUGCCCAAGUUAUUCAAAAUUCUUGUCAAUCACCGCAGAUAAAAAGGUCUAAUGAUAUCCGAGAGCUUCUUAUUGAUUCAAUCUCAAAAAUGACUAAACUUGGAACAUUGAACUCAGUUAACCACACUGACUUGCCAAAGUCAGCAGAGCAGAGGGAUCAAAGAAACAGAACCGUCUCUGGAAUUCUCACAGCCAACUGGAGCUCGCUUUUUGCUUUGCUUGAAACGGAGGAGACGUUUCGAAAAUCAGUUGCGCAAGAAACGAUUUUGGAUCUGGCCGAGGAUGCGGUUGAAAGCAGUGGGCCAGAAACACUCUCACAAGUAAUGGCGUGCCUGAGGUAUUUCCUCCACAGGGAGAAGGAGCCAGCCCGUGUUGAAAAUAUCCUGGAGCGGACAUAUCUGAAGUGCUUUGAGCACCGAAAGUCUGAACUCUUCUGGCUGUCCAUUAAAGCAUUCAUAAAAAUGGCCUUCAACCCUUGCAUUUUGGAGAGAAGUGACCUAAAUGAUUGUUUGCUGCAGCUUACUGAAAAAUUAUAUCAGCAAAGCCAAAUUGUGGCCGGUCUUUUCAAUCUGGUUGUUGAUAAUUUUCUCCAACAUGACGUUGCACCUUGUCCCACUUUUUGCAACCAACUUGGUUUCGCUCUUCUUUUUGGACCUUCCCUCAGAAAAGAUCAAAAAAUUUUGAACAGUGUUUGCCAAAUCAUAACCUCCAAUGGAGAUGAAAUUCCAGCCAACAAAUUAGUUGAAAACAAUUGCGACGCUAGUCAACAAGUUAGAGCAAAGGCUGUGCAAUACCUACUAACAACUAAUCAAGACCUCGCACCAGUUGCCGCGUGGUUGAUUGAGAAGGACACGGAGCUGAGCAGAAAUAAAAAACUCCGCUACUUUGCCGACUCCCAUGUGCACAGAACCAAGCACAGAAUUGCCCAAUCUUUGCUGCUCAUCAGUUGCUCUUCGAAAAAUGAACCUAUGCAAGUUAAAAUUCUGCAAUGGGCGACCGCUAGUCUCGGAAAUGAGAAUCACCAGCCGAGCGUCAGAUACCUGAUCGAAUGGCUUGCUUCCAUUAUUCUGACACGGAAUGAAGAUGUUGGUGACAAAUUUUUUAAAGAGCUUCAAGAGGCUUCGAGUAGACGGCUUAGUAGCAUUCCGUCUUUUAUAUCGAUUUUGUACCUCUGGACCUUAGCACUGGCAAAUGAUGAAUGUAGGACAUCUGAGCUGAUACAUGUUUUGCAUAAAAUUAUUGAAAUUUUGCUACCUUGGUGCAUGGCGCAAAAUUACAACAUUCGUCUUUACGCUCAAGUUGCUCUUUUGCGAAUAUUUGCUCUUUGUGAAAAGAGGCAGCUAACAGACGUACUUUCGUUCUUCUCAACUCUCCAAUCCAGCGUUAAAUCUAGCAUCGAACAAUCCAGUGGUGUGAAAAAUGCUAUCAAACUGCAGGAAGAUUUCUUAUUCAGUGUCUUUGAUCCUGUGGCACAUUUGUCCUUGGAAACAAUCCUCGUUGAGUUCCCUAGGCUGACAAAUGUGGGCCAGGACGAGUGGCUUCCUGAUAAAUUUUUCAAGCUCGAUGAAACUAAAGUUGCGUUUAAACUCAUCAAUGAAGAUGAAGAUCUUAAACAUGCAAAAGUGGCAAACUGGAUCUUGAAAGCCACAGGUGCUAUAGCUGACAUUGAAGAUCAAGAGGAGCAUUCAUAUUCGAUUGUACAGAGAAAGGUCACCCCUUGGAGUGAUAUGUUUGCAGAAAGUAACACACGAGAAACUCGGACACCAAAUUUGGGUGGAUUAGUCAUUGUUGCCUCUCUGGUGGACAAAGCACCCAAUUUGGGAGGACUCAGUAGAACCUGCGAGAUAUUUGGUGCCUCUGAGCUGAUCAUUGGCAACCUGAAGAUUGUUGAUGAACUUGCGUUUCAAAGUUUAAGCGUCACUGCAGAAAAAUGGAUCAACUUGUCAGAGGUAAAACCUGAGAAUUUGGUCAGCUAUCUAUGUUUGAUGAAGAAGCAAGGGUACACUUUGAUGGCAGCCGAGCAAACUUCGAAAAGUGUGCCACUGCAGAGCGUCAAGUUUGACAAAAAAACCUUAGUUUUGCUUGGGAAUGAGAAAGAAGGAAUUCCAGCAGAAUUACUGCCGUAUCUGGACGUUUGCGUGGAAAUUCCACAAAUGGGUGUGAUCCGGUCUUUGAAUGUCCACGUCACUGGUGCCCUCUUUGUCUGGCAGUACUUCCAGCAGCACCACUUGUCCUCACUUGGUGAAGAAUAAAAUAUCUUGGACGGGUCAACUUGCAAAAUUUACCUGCAGAACGUGUGGAAGCGAAGGAGCUGACGCGCCCCACGGCGCGACUGAUUGUGAGGGUCCCUCUCACAAUCCCAUCUGACUGAUUCGAAAAGAGGCUGAGAGAGUUUCGGCGCCAGGAUUUAUAUUUUUACA